CAGUGCCGCAUUUAAGUGGCCCUCCUUUUGUAGGAAGGAACGUCUUGUGCAAUAUUUGUAGCAACUGAAGAACCAUAGAACGACAGCAUACAAUAAAUUCAUUUGCUCUGUGUUGUUCUGGAAGAGCUUGUGGCGACUUGUCCCCAAGUGAGCUGGAAUAAGAAACCCUCUGAGACCUUGGUGCCUGUUUGACUGAUGUUACAGAAAGCUGAGUGGAGGAUCUGAUGAAAGGAAGGAGCUUGUUCUUUAACUGGGCAAGAGUUCAUCAUAAAGGCUACAGCCGUUGGCUUGUUGGGAAAACAUUAUGAAGAACCUACUUGAAAAGUUGUUCAUUCUCUUCCUCAGUAGUCUGCUUUGUGCUUUUCUUCUUCAGCCGUUCCAUAGUUGGCAGACAGAAAUAAGAGAUCCUGAAAAAGAUUGGCUGAGAAGGCAUCGAGAUCGCAAAGCCUCUUUGGACUCCAUCUGCCUGAAAGAUACUUUCUCAAAAGGAAAACCAAACCCUCAAGUUAUGGAGCAGCUCUUUGUGGACGAGAGUCACAACUUUAUCUACUGUGAAGUGCCAAAGGUGGGCUGUUCCAACUGGAAAAAAAUUAUUCUCCUCCUCACACUCAACCUGAGCAGGGAUUCCUUAGAAGUAGAUCAUGGUAGAGUCCACACAACACAUCUCUUAAGGAGGUUGAGUUCUUACCCUUCUGAUCAGCAAGAGAAACUUCUGAACAGCAGCAUUAAAGUGAUGUUCACCAGGCAUCCUCUGGAGAGAUUGGUUUCUGCUUACAGAGACAAGCUCUUGCACUUCGAGCCUUAUUACGUCUUUGUGGCAAAAAAGAUCAAGACCUUGUUCAGGGGAAACCCAAAUUCCACCGAGCAAGUGACUUUCCAGGAAUUUGUAAAAUUUGUUUUGACACAGGCCCCCAAGGAUAUGGACAUACACUGGAAGCCAAUGUUUAUGCUCUGUGAUCCUUGCAACAUUCAUUAUGACAUUUUGGGGAAGUACGAGACACUGGGAGAAGACGCUGACCAUGUUCUCAGGAGAAUUGGAGCACCAGACGAUCUCCAGUAUCCAGAUUUUAAGGAGUACGGUACAGAGAAACGGACCGACAACAAUAUCACUCAGAACUACUUCAGCAAACUGAGUAAGGACCAAAUGCAGAAGCUCAAGGACCUUUACUCAAUUGAUUUCUCUUCAUUUAAUUAUUCUUUUCAUUUUUAAAACAAAACUUUGCUGUAAGAUUCAAUCACAGUUCCCUUCUCUGGGUUCUCUGGUCUCCUGUCUGCUAGAGAACAGGAAGUCCCUGUGGUGGCACCCUGUCUCUGGGAAAUCCCUCUUUAGGGAGAUUGAUCUGGCAUUUUCAUUGUUAACGUAUGUGCUGAACUACGGUAGGAGCCUACCAAAUCAGACCACUGGUGCAUCUAGUUCAGCAAUGCUGACACCAACUAGCAGUUGCUUUAGGGCACUACCAGAUAACCUGUUUCAUGAGCAUUCAUCCUGAUUGAUUUGCAGGGCACUUAAGUAACACUGGCUCUUUGAUGAGUGUUCAUUCUGAUUUGUUUGUGGGGAUGUUAGAUGAUGUUGCAUCAAAGCAGGUGUCACCCCACAAUGCAUUUCCAGUGCAUUUUCCUGGCAUUUCCUUUAUUGCAAAAAGUCCAGCUUUUGGGGGAAACAGGUUUGUUACGCAAAACAUCUCAAUCGACUAUAAUCUCACAAUCUGAAUUUGCCGGUGUGUGACUGAACCCCAUGCAAAAAAGUGACAGUCUGGAAGUGCCCUGAAGACAGGGGGCUUUCCUAGCCCUCCCUAGAGAUACUGUACCUGAGUUUGAACUUGGGACCUUCUGAAUGCAAAGCAGGGACUUUAUCAGUGAGCUACAGCCCUACUCCAGAGUCUAUUCGAUUGGUCUGCAGGUGACAGGGAAUGAGCACAUUUAAAGUGCAUUCCCCCCUCAAAGAAUUCUGGGCACUGUAGUUUGUUAAGUGUUGCUGGGAAUUGGAACUCUAUGAGUGGAAACUACAGUGCCCAGAAUUCUUUGAGGGAAAGAACGUGCUUUGAAUAUUCUUUAAAAGUAUACACAGCCCAGAAAAGCAUUCAUAAAUGGUGAUGAGUAGAGGCUAAUCCAAGGUCUAACAUUAUUUCCUCAUUCCUCAUCUAUAACGUGAAAACCACAUUCUAAACACACCAUGUUUGUUCCACCAACUUUCUAUGGUUAUGUCAGAUUUAAAAUUGAUGUGGAUUUGGCAGAAAAUAUUUAUAGGUUUGUAGGAAUACACAAACACACACACGAGAGAGAGACAGAGAGAGAGAAUGAGAAAAUGAGAAUACUACUCAGGAUCUAAGUGAAUUUUCAUUUUGAUAUAUUUUAAUGUAUAUUCUGCCACAGAACAUCAUUCUCUUUCUUAUUUUUUAAUAUUUUUAAUUAGUUUUCAAAUACAAUCCAAUAAUAGCCUCAUUAUAACAAUACCAAUUUAUAAUACAAUUACUAAUGCCAAUCGUUCAACUACCGAAUUAUAUAAUUUAGAUAAAGUGCCCCCCCCCGCAUGCUAGAGUUGAUGGUUGAUGGUUUUCUUUACAGUGGCACCUCGGUUUAAGUACUCAAUUGGUUCCAGGGAGCCAUUUGCUCCCUGAAAAGUACUUAAACCGAGUGGCGCUUCCGUGUGCGCAGUGCCAAUACAGCUCUUCUGCGCAUGCAUGGACCAUGCAGAUCACUUCUGCACAUGCGCGCGCUGCAAACCCAGAAUAAACACUUCCGGGUCCGUGGAGUACUCAGACCGAAAGUACUCAAACCACAGCAGACGUAAACCGAGGUAUGACUGUAUUUCUGCGUUCCAAAAUCAUACUAAUUUCAAUUAAAUUCUGGUCAUAAUAAUAAUCCUAUUAUACAACAACUGCAAUAUUAAUAACUUCUAUUCUUCUAUUUGUGUUGACACAUUAAAUGAUUUAUAAAGCUACAAGUGAGGCACUCAAACUAUAACCUUGUUCUUCCUGUGUGUGGCAAUUAUUCUGUCCAUGGUGUUUCUUCCUAUCCUUGUAAAAUAUUGUGUUUAUCUUUUCCCCGGUUGGUGCAGUUAUCCAUCAUGCCUUGUUGUUCCAGAAAUUUCUCCCUCACUCUGUUCCAUGCUUCAUUGUUUUGCAACUUUAACAACAGCUGCAAAAGUCACUCUGUCCCAAUAAAUAACCUGUUUUCGCCAUUUUUACUCUCAGGCAGGGAAGAAGAGUGGUCUGUCGAACUGCAGAUGACUCAGUAAUGAACCUUAUCAGUUCCUUAGCAAAUUCACAGACUCCUUUCAUCCUUCCGUCCAACUGAAGAUUAAUGAACAAUUAUACUUCCAAUUAAAUUAAAUUCCAAGUCCUUUUAGCGUUAUUCAGUUCACUCUGUAAAUA